AUGAACCCUAUCGGAAUUGUUGUUCCAGAAAAACAGCCAGUAUAUCCUAAUCCUCAACAGGAAGAUGAUGAAUCAUCAGACGAUGAUCAUAUUUCAAAGCAUUCAAAGGUUGAUAAAGAAGAGCUAAAAGCAAGAAAUAGAAAAGCAGCGAAAAAAUGGCGUGAUAAAAAGGAUUCAACACUACAUCAAUUAGCUGAAACUAACGAUGACCUAAGAAAACAAGCAUUAAAAUUAAGAAGCGAAUCUUUAUCUCUUAUUGCUGAAAAUAGGGUUCUGGAAAGCGAACUUAGAUUCUUCCAGACAUUUAUGACAAAAAUCAUGGGAACAAACCAGAAAAAGUAG